GAUCGUUGAACUAGGCAACGCUGCCAACACACAGCUGUUUUCUCAUAAUCUGACAAAGCGGCGCGGCGUGAAGUCUCCAUCUCCCCGUCCAGUCCUUUGUUUUGGUCAGGGAACAUUCGAACGUCAGCGUCUGUCGUGCACGACCAUCGUCCAUCCGUCGACGUUCGAACAUAUUUGAAAAGAACUCAAAACCAGUGGACAAUCGUAACGCGGAUUGUGUAGCAAAGAUGGCAAACAAACUGGCCAGCGGAGCCCUGCGUGCCCUCGCCGUCGAGUACAAGAGCCUGCUCGAGGAGCCCGUCGAGGGAUUCCGUGUGAAACUUGUCAAUGAGGAUAAUCUUUUUGAAUGGGAAGUGGCUAUUUUCGGACCCCCGGAUACCUUGUACAUGGGUGGUUGCUUCAAGGCCCGAAUGAAAUUCCCCACAGACUAUCCCUAUUCACCGCCGUCAAUUAGAUUCCUGACCAAAGUAUGGCAUCCCAACGUUUAUGAGAACGGUGAUUUAUGUAUCAGUAUACUCCAUCCACCAGUCGACGAUCCACAGUCCGGUGAGUUGCCGUGCGAACGCUGGAACCCAACGCAAAACGUCAGGACAAUCCUGCUCAGCGUGAUAUCUUUGCUCAACGAGCCCAACACUUAUAGUCCUGCAAACGUUGAUGCCUCUGUCAUGUAUAGACGCUGGAGGGACUCCAAGGGCCGCGAUAAAGAAUAUGAAAACAUUAUUAGAAAACAAGCGAUGGCGGCUCGCGCCGAGGCCGAACGCGACGGUAUCCAGGUGCCGCUAACACUGGAAGACUAUUGCAUCAAGACAAACGUGAAACCACAAGCCGCCGAUUCGCAGGUCGAAAUGACAGAUUUCUACGACGACGACUACGACGAAGAUUAUGAUGAUCUAUCGGCGGGCAGCGAUUACGAUGGGGAAGAAGACGACAACGACAGCGGCAACGGCGAAUCGUGAUGUCGUCGCGCUAUUUUACUUCUCCCCCAUGUAAAUACAAAUUAAGAAACGUCUGCAGUCCCUUUCUCAAGCUUUACGUUCAAUUUUAUGUACAUGUUUUUUUAACGCGGCGUAUCUUGGAUACAAGGCGUAACUUUCUCCCCGUCAUCAUAUUUUUAUUGCAAUAUUUAGUAUAUACAUUAAUUUUUUGUUUACUCCUUUGGUUUAUUCUUUUCCGUCUUCAAAUCAACAAUCACCUGUAAUCCGAAUAAAUCGUCAAUUUGUAUUGAUUCCGGCUAGAGGGUAACAAACCAGUACCGUAAUUUGAAUGUGCAAUUUAAGAUUUUUUUUUAUUUAUAUACAACUGGUUUGAGAGCCACUAUUAUUAACUUAUUUUAUUUAUAUACAACUGGUUUAAUAACUGGUGACCCUUUUCCCCCAAAAUCAUACAGUUGAUUUCACAUAGAAACUUGCACGUUUGGAAUGUUUAGCAUAAGUUGUUGAUUUGGUUGAAGUCUUGAAUAGCCAAAAAAAAAAUCUUUUUAGAAGAAAUAUUUUUUUACAUACUAUAUAGAAUGUAGUCUAUACUAGAUUAUUUGUUUCUUUUUAUACACAAGUCAGAUCAUUAAACAUGCGAAUUUUGUGAUCGUUUUUUAUUUAUCGACUUAUCGUUCGCGACAUGCAGCAAAUUUUACUUCAUAAACUGUUAAGUUUCAUAUGCCACAUGAUAUAGAAAACUAUGGACGUAUUUUACUAACCGAUCUCAAUCUAUUGGAAGCGAUUGUAUUGUAAAAGAUUUUUCAUGUAAAUAAUGUUUACCUCAAAACGUCAUACUUGUACAUAGUUGGAAUCAAGCAGCUCUUAAUGAUAAAUAACAAAACUAUUGUUUUUUGAGUAGAUCUUAAAAAUAGGUUUUAUUGAUAAGUUUGCUUAUUUGUACAUAUUUUAUAGAAUUGUGUAUUUAUUUAGACCUAGAUUAUAAUUUAAUUGAAUACAAUAAAAAAAAACCAAAAACAUUUAUGAAUGUGAAUCAACAAUUGAUAAUAGAAUUGUCGUAGGACUCCGACUCAAGCCACAUCGCAUUUAUGUCCAGACAGUUUGUCGUUGCGCAAUGUGUGGCUUUGGGCGGUGCGUUAGUAAGUCAAUUCAGUGAACAUUUUAUAUAGCUUGAUCGUUGAUUUUGUUCUACUUAAUGUUAUUUUCAUAUAUCGGAUUUUGUUCGCAGUUUGCAGUAAUAGCGGGUUUCUUGCCUUACAAAACUAUGCCAAUGUUCUAUAUCAUAAUUGUGUGGGAUUAUACUAUUCCGUUUAAUAAAUGUUUCAACUACA